CAUCCCUGUUGAUGGGCCAAACAACCCAGUAUCCCUAUGGGUAAACUGAUUGUGUUAUCUACUCAUUCAGUCCUACCUGUUCCUUCUUCCGUUAAUUUGCUUCCAUGUCAAGUCUCUCUUCCUACUCUUCUCCUUCCUUUAGAACUUACGGAACAGCCACCCAUCCACGCGCCGCCCCAAUUCCCUCAAUUUCAUGCGGCGGCCCAAAGCCCAGGAAGAAGCAACCGAACCACAAUGCCGAAGCUCAAGAGCUGGUUCGUUUGCUCACGCGCAGGAUAAGCGACAAAGAGCCUAUCCUCAAGACUCUGAAUAAGUACGUGACGCAGGUCAGAACCGAACAUUGCUUUUUGCUCUUUGAAGAACUCGGCAGGGAAGGCAACUGGCUCCAAUGUAUUGAGGUUUUCAGAUGGAUGCAAAAACAGCGAUGGUAUAUUGCUGAUAAUGGGAUAUACUCCAAACUGAUAUCAGUUAUGGGAAAGAGAGGGCAAACCAGAAUGGCUAUGUGGCUUUUCUCCGAGAUGCGUAAUGCUGGAUGUCGUCCUGACACUUCUGUGUACAAUGCACUAAUCACGGCCCAUCUUCAUUCACGGGACAAAACAAAGGCUUUGUCCAAAGCCAUUGGCUACUUUCAGAAGAUGAAGGGAAUGGAGCGGUGUAAGCCAAACGUUGUUACAUACAACAUUCUUUUGAGAGCUUUUGCUCAGGCUCGUGACCUCAAGCAGGUCAAUUCUUUGUUUAAGGAUCUUGAUGAGAGCACAAUUUCACCGGAUGUUUACACUUUCAAUGGUGUGAUGGAUGCUUAUGGUAAAAAUGGGAUGAUUCGGGAAAUGGAAGCAAUACUUGCUCAAAUGAGAAGCAGUAAAUGUAAACCUGACUUGAUCACCUUUAACUUACUCAUUGAUUCCUAUGGGAAGAAGCAGGAGUUUGGCAAGAUGGAGCAGGUAUUCAAGAGUUUGUUGUAUUCCAAGCAGAAACCAACACUGUCCACCUUCAAUUCAAUGAUUUUGAACUAUGGGAAGGCAAGACUCAAGAAUAAAGCAGAAGAGGUUUAUGAGAAGAUGAUUGACAUGGGUUACACCCCAAGCUUUGUUACCGAUGAGAGUCUCAUCUAUAUGUAUGGCCUCUGUGGUUGUGUUUCCAGUGCUGUACAAUUGUUUGAUAAGCUGGUGGAGUCAAAAGUUCAAAUAAAAGUUUCAACGUUAAAUACUAUACUUGAUGUUUACUGCUUAAAUGGUUUACCUCAGGAAGCACAUUCACUGUUUGAGAGGGCAAAAAGUAUAAAAAUAUAUCCAGAUUCAUCAACAUAUAAACUUCUUUAUAAGGCUUACACUAAAGCAAAACAGAAGGAGCUUCUAGAUGAAUUGCUGAAGCAUAUGGAUAAAGAUGGUAUUAUCCCUAACAAGAGGUUUUUCUUGAAUGCUUUGGAUUCUGUACCAGCAAAUUCAGAAUCUGCUAAUGUUGCAACUGAUUCAAACACAGCAAAUUUGGUAUGUGCUAAUGUUGCAACUGAUUCAAACACAGUAUAUUCAGAAUCUGUUAAUGCCAACUCUGAUUCAAAUACGUCAAAUUCAGAAUCUGCUAACGCCCUAACUGAUUCCAACAAAUCAAAUUCCAAAUCUACUGGUGCCAGCGCUGAUUCAAACAACUCCCAAGAUUUUGCAAAGUUGGCAACCCACGUAAAGAACUUUUUAGCUCAUAGGUGACUUGCAAACAAUCAGCUCUGUUCACUUAAGAGAUGUUGCAAGUUUGUCAGUUGCAAAUGAAGCACUAAACUCAUUUUAAUGAAGUUUAACCAAAAGAAAUAUAGACACAGAAUAUCUUCUUGCCUUGGCUUCAAGAACUGCAUAUUCUAUACUCAGAUAUUUCUUGUCAGAAAUUACAACUGGUGAUGAUACAGGACAAGAGACAAUGACUGUCAAAUUUUGUAAUGGAUUUUAAAUUUAUAACUCUGGAAAUUUCUUUUUUAUCUAGUGUUUGAAAGAAUUUGUUUGGGUGCUUAAUCUUCCGACUUUCUAGUUCAAUGACAUGUUAGGAAGUACAAAGAGAAAUUCUCAGUUGAUUGUUAGUGACUUGCUGGAGCAGAGAAAUAAGGUAGAGGCACUUGUGAAGAAAGGAGAUAGCAUGGGUUUUAAUUGUAUGAAAAGGAAAAGAGGGAGAUCAAAAAGGUCAAUGAAGGAAGAAGUUGUUAAGAUUUCAUAGUUAUGUGAUUUAUUUGGUCUUUUAGCCAAGCCAAAUUACUUCAUGUGAUUUCUAUUUCCAACCUCAAAUAAUAAAACUUUGGUUAGUGGUGGUAGUUGACCACAACUAUCUAAAUAGUACAACACCACACAUCUUUCAAACAGUAUAACUGUAUUGAAAAACAACUGACUGACUAUAUGAAUGGGUACACUUUUG